CAAGGGUAUAAGAUGACGAGGUCCUCCCGUUUGCGGAUGCCAUGUCUCAGUCUCUCUUUAACCACCACUCCACAAACUUGAAACUCCUGAUCUUUUUAGAUCAAUUCCACUCUCUUUAAAAUAAAAGCUGUGGUUCAUCAUACAAAAUGAAGGCUUAUCUCGCUCUCUCUAUCCUGGCUUGUGCCAUCUCAACUACAGCUAAAAACAUCCACCGCAGGGCUGACGGUUUUCUUCCUGCCGCUGGUAUUCCCAAGGGUGGAUAUAACGCUUACGGAGGAAAUUAUGACCAUCCUGAGACGAACAAGUAUCAGCCUGUUGGGCAGAAGCAGGCUUCCAGCUCGGGUGCUACCAAUACCGGAGGCAAGAAGGCGGCUACGCAGAGUACAAAGUGCAUUUCGAAGAGCAAGCUUGAGUCUAUAGUCAACAAAUACGUCUCGACUUUCUCUGGUAUCACCGAUGGUGGAGCGUUGGCCAAGACUAUUUUCGAGGAGGACGUCAAGUUUUACUCCCAGUCCAUCUGGUGGACUUCAUCAUCCUCCAAGAUUAACAAGUACGCCAAGAACGAUGACUUUCCUCCCAUCUACAAGAAUCGCAAGGAACUCAUCGAAGGCAACACUGAAAAGACCAACGACCCCAGCGCCUUCAUCAAAGGACCCAUCGCCUACGGCUGCAACUCUUUCACCUUCUACUGGAAGGGCGACUUCGAGGUUCCCAAGGGAACUCGUCGUGGUCGCGGCAACGGUAUCGACAUGGUGUUCUUGAACCCUGAGACUGGAAAGGUCAAAAAGGCGUACUCUGAGUACAACACCCUCAACCAGGUCUACAACUGGGGCGCUCAUAUCACUUGGUCCAAGGAUGAUGUCUGCUGUGAUUGCCCUGUGGUGUUUGAUCCUAAGUGCAAGUGCAAGAAAUAAACUUGGGGAUUUUUGUAGUAUAGCUGGUCUGGGAUAGAGGAAAAGGCGUUAGGUUCUUUAUUUAGGCUUGGUCAGGGGUGAAGUUAGAUCGGCGUUGAUGCAUAUACACAAUCUUUACAUACGAAAGACAUAUUCUCAUUCGAACUUCUAUUCAC